AUGGGUUUGUAAAGGAUAAUGCUUGUGUUUCUAAUUGUGGAAGAGGAUAUUAUGGGAAAUCCAGUUUUAAUGAAAGAGGGUAGUUGGAGCAGUCCAAAUGCUUAAAAUGCUCUGAAAAAUGCUUCGAAUGCUUAGACUAAGACUAGUGCACUUCAUGCAAGAAAGGUUACUAUUUAUAAACAGAACCAAAAACUACCUAUGGCUAAUGUUUAACAAAGAUAGAUGAAAAAUUUGAUACUAAAAUCUAUGUAAACUCUUACUCUUAAGGGAAUUAUCAAACAAAUGAAGACUUUGGAUCAUAUAAUAAUGCUGCAAAAGAUCUUUAAGAUGCCAUAUCAAGAGCAUAUGAACUAGGUGCUAAGUACCUUAGUGCAACUGUCCAUAUUAUUUUGA